AUGGCCAGGUGGGCCCAGGUCCAGGUGUGUGUGGGGGGGUUGCCAUGGUGACAAGGGGAUCAGGUGCUUAAGGCGCCUGUUCAGACGCUGCAACAGGGUGGCCCCCCAGCAAGCCCCGGAGCAGCCCGUGGUGCCAGGUGAGCAAGUGGCCCUCUGUUUUGGGACAGAGGAGGGCAGGGAUGGGCAUGGGGGGCAGCUAGUCAAAAGAUGCAAAGAGCCAGAUGGCUGGAUCCGACCCAAGGUCCAUCUGGGCCAGCGCCUGGAAAGCCACUCCCCUGGCGGCCAAUCCGUUUUGUGGAGUCCAAUGGAGAAAGCAGGGACUGGGUGGGCGGCAUGGCUGGGGGGGGCAGUUGUCAGAGGGAGGGGCACCUUCCCUGGGGAGCCACAUUCUGGGGGAAGGAGGCCGGGAUUGGCCCCCAAGGCCUGGGGUGUCCCACCUGUCUAGUAGGACUUGGAAUCCAGGAGAAAACUCUUGGAAUAGCCUUGCCAGGGGCUCAGGGAUGAACUCCCCUCUUCCCGUGUCCUUUUCUUUGCAGUUCUGCUGCGGUUCCACAUCCCUUCCCCAGGGGUGAGUAUUGGAGAAAACAAGAGCAGGGAAUGGAUCCCUCAGACCUGCCCCCCGCUGCCCGCGCUCUUUGCCCCCCACUCUGCCCCCCACUCUGCCCUCUCCUCACGAGGAACUGACAGCCUGACUUUUGCACUGGGGGAUGAACAGCUCUACCUCCUGGGGGUCAUCCAGAACUGCCAGGCAGCUGAGCUCAGGGGGCUCUGAACUCUGAAGUACUCCAAGUAAUAGAUGGCCCAAGCCAUUCUGGUGAGUGAUGGGUGGUGUGAGGGACCCCCACGGGGAGGGAGGGGCUUUGGGGAAGGGGUUGUGCAUCCCCCGGAGAGGAGGAGUCUGCCAGCUUAGGGCAUGGGGCUGCUAUUCCCCGGGAAAGCCAAGCCUGGUCUUGGGGGUCAGAGCCAUCCUCUGGAGGCCCCCAGAAAGAGCUGACUUUCCUCCUCUGUUCUCUUCCAGGACAUCUUGGGGCCCUUGGAGCAUUGGGGGAUUGCCGCUUGACCCUUGACCUGGACUUGGAGGCCCUCCUCCAGCUGAGGUGAGUGGGGUCCUUGGGAUGGAUGGGGUUGUGGGGGGUGGGUGGGGAGCAGAACUCCAGGGGGAGCUCCGGGUGGGGAAGAGCAGGUAGGAGGGAGAAGGGGCAAGGGAGACGGGGAGGGGGCAGCUUCUAACCCUCUCCCCUUCAUCUCUGCAGCAUCAUGAAGCCAAAGUAUAAUGGUGAGAUGCUCAGCGCCAUCCUUCACGGGACCCUGGAGGCUGUUCUUGGGGGCCCACAAAAGGAGGAGGACAGAGAGGUAUAUCCUUGGUCUGGACUUCCCUUCUUCUUCUUCUUCACACACAUGCAGAAUCUAACUCAGCACUCAACUUCUUUUCUAUCUUUUUCCGCAGGAACUGAAGCGGCGCUUCCGGCUCCUGCUGGGGAGUCUCUUGAUGGAAGCCCCCAGUCCUGGCACCCUCCUCCAGCUGCUCAGUGUAAGUGUCCCCCCAACUGGCUUGGGGCUCGGGCCCUUGAGCCUGCCCUGCUGCUUUGGCCCCAACUGGCCCCAACUGUGACGCUCUUUCCUCCCGCAGGACCUCCGAGGAUACGCCCUUGACGAAACCGGGGAGGCUCAAAGACUAGUGGCCAGCAGCAUUUCUCUGCUUCUGGCCGUGGCGCGGAGAUUCCCCCAACUCAGAGUAAGUACCUCGCCUUCUUUUCUCUGGUUGCUUCCAUCCCCGCAAGAGCACAUCCCCCAGUGACCUUUAUCACAGAUGAUGCACUGUGUGUCCCUGGGGGCCAGGAUGAGGCCAGAGGCUUUUCCUGCCCCCUUUCCUGCUGCUGCUGCUGCCCAGGGAGGUCCUCUGGGACAAGGGAUUGGGCCCAAGGCAGAGGGAGGCCUGUCCUUCCUGGCUUGGGGCUGCUUCUGUGCUCUCUUGCACCCAUUCAGGGUGGAUUUCAUAGUAUCAUCUGACCCCGAUUUUUCUUUGCAGAUGACAGUAAUUCGGCCAGACCUGGCCUGCUUCCGGAGGAGACCCAAAGAAGGUGAGCCCCACACCUUAGAGACAGAGAACUGUCUUGUCCCUUGUUUGCUUGAAGGUCCGUUCUUCCCAGGUUUUCUUGCUGGGAUCCUGCAGGACCUGCUCCCUGCCUGGCAGGCCUUUCCCACCUGGCCUGGGAGACCAGCGCCUGGACAGACUCUCAUUUUCAUUCUCUUCCAUCCAGAUGACAUCAUCAUCGAAGACAUGUAUUCAGUGCAGACCUCGGGCUCCGCUGGACACCAGAGAGAGGCCACUGGGUAAGGAGGAAGGUGGUUUUUCUCCGUUUGGUCUCAUUCGGUUGGUUUUCAUACCUAUCUCUGGGUUCUUUUCAUCUUUUUGGGGGGCGGGACUCAUGAGGCCAAGGGUCCAGAGGAGGGGAGAUGUAUAGGAUCACCAAAUUAUUGUCCACUUGCGAAGACUUCUGAAUCUGCAGCUCCUGGAACUCAAAGUGGAAAUCUAGAGCCCGGUCAGAGGAAUGAGAACCGAUUGGUGAAAAGAGGAAAAAGAACUGGAGUCCUCCAAGCAGUAGAUGGCCCAAGCCAUUCUGGUGAGUGAGGAUCCAAGAGGAUGGAGAGCAGCCGUCUUUGACUGAUGAAACUCGCUUGUUAGAAGGAGAAGGCAUUUCUUUGGCUAAAGAGGAAGUGUAGAGAUGCAAAGAUCCACAGGAUGGUCCUGAGAAGAUUCCCUCGUUGAAAGGAGAAGAAAUCUCUCGGGCUAAAGGAGGGCUGUACAAAUAUAAAGAACAACGAGGAGAGCAGAAAUGCAAGGAGACCCUCGAUGGCACUGAGAAGACAGCCCUGCGACUGUUGGGAGAAUAUGAAAUGGAGGAAGAACGGCAAAAUCCCAGGUAUAUGGACACUAUCCCUAAAAUAUUGCUGAAGGAACCUGCUGGCUCUAUUUGGAUAUCCCAGUUGGCCAAAGAGGCACCCAUCCAGAGUGGCUUUCGUUGUAUCAUCUGA